UGUAACCUAGGAAGUGACUGAUGGGCGAACGGAGUGGGCAGCAAAAAUCUUUUUUGCAGGGUAAAAAAAUUCGCGAGUGGGCAACCCCACUGGAAAGAACCCUCUCCGGUGUCUGCUCUCUCUUCGUCUUCUUUUCUUACCCAUUUGUGAACAGUGACAAUGAAACCCACCUGUGCCUUAUCUACAGUCAUUGAGAAUGAAAUGAAGAGUUUGUGCCUGAGGGAUUUUCCCUGCGGCAAAGGGAGCUGGCGGACAGAUAACAUGCAUGAGACUUCUGACAAAGAGGCCAACACAGAGGAACUGGGCUCGCUAAUCGACCUUCUUACCUGCUCACGGUCACCAUGGAAGCAUGAGGGAUCAUGGAGUGACCAAGUAUCAGCUCUUAGGGAGCUGUCUGUGCGGACAUCUGAGUGUCUGAGUGACGGCUUUGUGUAUACCUAUCUCACGUCCAUACGUGUGGUAGGUCAAAGGGUUUCACUCAUAGAUGAAGGGCUGCUGCAUUUCAGCAAACUGGAACAGCUGGUGCUUAGUGUCAACUGCAUAUCUAACAUCCCACUGAAACAUUUUCCCAUGACACUUCAGGUGCUAGAGCUGUAUGCUAAUGAGAUCUCCAGCCUUAGGGGAGUACGUGAACACCAUCUGCCUUGCCUACAGCACCUUGGUCUGGGUAGAAAUCCUUUGGGCUCCACUGAAGACCUACAGUACAUUUCCAGCUCUUUCUGGCCUCAGUUGGUAUCGCUUGACCUGAGCUGGUGUGGGUUUGACAGGCUUGGUGCCAUGCUGGAGGCCGUGUCAACCUUGCCGUGCCUGCGGACACUUGUUCUGGAGGGAAACCCACUGGCGCUAAGCCCGGCUUACCCAGGUCUCGUGAUUGACCGGCUGCCUCGCCUCUUGUAUCUGGAUGGCACUCGUAUUGGCCCUCAAGACCACCAUCGCUUCAGAGGGCUGGCAACACUCAGAGAUCUGGUGUUAGAUGAGGCUGUUGUGAAAGUGUCUUUUGGAAUGAUUCGAGGUGUUCCUCAGCCUCCUGGACCUCAGACCAGCGGCUCUGCUGACUUCCCUUUGGUCAGCUACAGCUACCUUGUCACCUAUCAGUUCCUCACAGACCAGAAACAAGGCUCAGUUUUGGACUUAGCCUCAAAGGACCAAGAAGCUGUCAACAGCUCUCAGGGGGAAGAGAUGCAUCAAGGGAUGGAUAUCACUGAGACAGCCGUCAGCUCAGAUGCUCUUUUGAUGUCCGGCACUAGAGAUGAAUCAGAUGAUUCGUUGCCAGUGAUGAAGUACAGCAGCAUUGCCCAUUCGUGGGCAGAGGCCAUGGAUCUGAAGCACUCAGACACACACCGGAUCAGAGAUCUGUCCACCCUGAAGAACUUCCUCCUGCAAGGCCUAUGGUUGAGCGUGGAGGAGGAGAAGAUCACUUCUUGGCCAGCAUCCUCCUCUGAAACACCGGGGACCAAAUCAGCAACGGACAAAAAAGGAUCAGCAAAAGAGGACAAGAAGAAGAAAAAAAAGAAGGAGUCUUUAUUGGAGCUCGUGCAGGAGCCCCCAGUUUACCGGUCUCUGGGCUCCACCCACCUGGACCUCCAAAACCUGGUCUUGGGUCAGGACAGUGUCCACCUGUUGUGUGAUCUUGGGGUCCUAGAGGCAACCUGUAAGACACAGCAGCAGCAGCAGCAGGAACAAGGAAAGAAGGGAAAAGAAGAGAAGAGAAAAGAGGAGAAGAAAGGCAAACAAGGAGAUGCCAAAGGGAAAGGGAAGGCUCAUAAGGACGGAGAUGCAGAGCCUUCUGUGGAUGAUCGCACGCCUACCCCAGUGCAGCCUCUGACAGUGGAAAUAAGCCUCCUCUUGGAGAAGUGGCAAUCCAUGGCGCAGGCCACAUGCACACAACACAACACCACACAUGAUGCCCAACACUACACAACACAUCACAGCGCAUGAUACAUUUCAGACCACAUCAAAUAACUCCACAGUCCAUAAAUAUUCCUUUUCAUAUCACAGAUGUGUGAGUGUAUACGCAGUAUACGAAACAGCAUACAGUAGGUGGAUAAUUGCUUCAGCUCAUGUUAAUUAAGACCUGCCAUCCGUGCUAUGUCUUAACACACAUAGGCAAUCAUCUUGUUUAUGUAGUAAUUAAAAAAACAACUGUGCAAACACAAACCUAUGAACCAUAUUUGCACUUUUCGGGUUCAGUUGUCACACUAUGACAAGUACCAGGAAGCACCACCUUGAAACAAUAAAAACCUUGUAUCACUUCA